GGCUGCCCAUGUGAACGUGCGGAACAAGCCGGCUACAGAACUCACGGUCACGUUCACUCCACCUCCUGCACCCACAAACACCCACUUCAAUUUCCCAAGAAGAGGAACUUCAAGGGUCGAGGAAUUCCUAGCGAUAAAGCUUUUCAAUAUUUGAACUUAAAGGGAACUCUCAAACUUUGUUUCCAUUCCAAUCAUGGCAGCUCUGAAGGCUUUGGUCGACGAUUGGAUGAAGAUGGAUCGGAAUGAAAAAACGCGUCAAGAGAUUCAACGUUUAUGGGACAGUGGCCAAGAAGAUGAGCUUGAACGACGAUUGAGGACUCGAAUAGAGUUUGGAACUGCAGGCCUUCGUGGAAAGAUGGAGGCAGGGUGGUCACGAAUGAAUGACCUCAUCAUCAUCCAAGCCUCUCAGGGUCUCUGUCAGUACGUGAUCGACAAUGUACACGACGCCCACUCCAGAGGUGUAGUCAUCGGUCAUGACCAUCGACAUAAUUCGGAACGGUGGGCACAACUCGCUGCUGUUGCCUUUAUCGACAAGGGGAUGAAGGUCUAUCUACAUCGUGGUUUUGUUCACACUCCGUUGGUCCCAUUCAGCGUAAAAGACUUGAAUGCAGCUUGCGGCGUCAUGAUAACCGCCAGUCAUAAUCCAAAAGAUGAUAACGGAUACAAGGUCUACUGGGAAAACGCCAUACAGAUUAUCGAACCUCAUGACAAAGGGAUAUCGGUUUCCAUUCAACACAAUCUCACUCCUCAAACGUGGUCAACAGAAUCCUUGCAAAAUUCAAAUUGUUUAGAUGUCACUCAGGAAAUGACAGACGCGUAUUUCCUGAGUAUCGAAAACCUGAGACUUCCAAACUAUUCAGCCAACACAGAAAUGCGGCCAUUUGUCAAUACCUCGAUGCAUGGCGUGGGACAUUCAUUUCUUGCCACAGCCUUUGAACGUUUCAACGUUCCAUAUAUACCGGUGGUAGAGCAGGCAUCUCCCAAUCCUGAUUUCCCUACCGUAGCUUACCCUAACCCAGAGGAGAAAGGUGCUUUGAACCUCGCUCUCGCAACCGCUGAUAGAGAAGAAGCCGAUUAUGUGCUUGCACAAGAUCCCGACGCGGAUCGCUUCGCUGCUGCAGAGAGACAGCCCAACGGACAGUGGUUGACAUUCACCGGAGAUCAGCUUGGCACUGUGUUCGCUGGUCAAGUGCUCCGUGCCUAUGUCGCAUCCGGCAAGCCCAUCGAUAGACUUGCGAUGGUGGCGUCGACGGUCAGUUCGAAGAUGAUUGAAGCGAUGGCAAAAUUGGAAGGAUUUAAGUUUGCGGAAUGUCUUACUGGUUUCAAGUACAUCGGGAAUACUGCGUUAGACCUAACACAACAAGGAUUCGAAGUGCCGUUUGGCUAUGAGGAAGCUAUUGGGUUUAUGUUCGGUCCUACGGUGCGGGAUAAGGACGGGGUGGCAGCUUCCGUCAUGUUCGCUCAAAUAGUUACGAUUCUACGUGGCCAAGGAAAAACCGUCAAAUCUUACCUGGAUGAGCUUUACGCGCGUUAUGGAUUUUUCAUGGUAACUAAAAUCGUGCAGAUCAGAUUACGCUCUACAGCGGUGACGACUUUCUAGACAAGUAACAGUUACUUCAUCUGUCGGACGCCGACAACCAUUGACAGGAUUUUCCUACGUAUCCGUAACUUUAAUACUUCCGGUACCGAGAACACGAUCGAACGCUACCCUCAAGAAAUUGCCGGGCUUCGAGUGACGAGCGUAUCGGAUCUUACAACCGGGUACGACAGUACCAAUCCGCCCACAUAUAAGCCCAAACUCCCACUCUCCUCUGGACAUAUGAUCCAAUUCAGAGCUGAAAGGACAUCCGACGGAACCAGGAUAAUUCUUACCAUCCGAACAAGUGGCACUGAGCCGAAGGUAGAAAUAAAUUUAGAUUGUUUCAAAAAAAAUGAAACAGCACGUUGACAACAUUGACUUGUUAGAUCAAAUACUAUCUGGAAGGUAACGGGAAAGACAAGCAAGUGGUUGCUGAGCUACUGCCGUCAGUCGUAGGAGAAUUAGGGAACGUCUGGAUGGAGGCCGAGAAGAAUAGUUUAGGUCGACCGUAAAGUCGACCGCCGUAGGCACUGAAAUGAAUCCAUGGGCCAGUGCCAUCGACCUCACAGUUGAUUAUGGAAAAACUUAGCUACGACCGAUAGGUUCUUCUUCUCAGCUUAGUAAAUUCACGCAGGCAUACGAGGAAUAAGUAAACCUGGUGCUCUCAUAGAUUGGCCGAUAUCGUUCAUCAGUGC